GGCAUAUAAGGAUUUAUUAAAUGAAUCUAUUGAAAUUAAUGGGAAUUUAAGUCCGUUUAUGGUAGAUGGGUGUAUCCAAUAUCAGGGAUAUAAUAAGAUGGAACAACAAGUCAUAAAAAACCUAAUCUCCGCAAUUCAAAAUAAUAUAAACGAGCAAAUCGGAAUUAUAAAUGAUAUGCAAAAACUUUACGAUUUCGUCAAUCAUCACAAUUUUAAUCAGGCGAUUCAAUUUGAAGAACUAAUUUCAAAAUCGGAACAACCAAUCGAACUAUUUUUAGCUUUAUCACGAUUAAGAAGACAAACUCAAAAGUUGGUUUAUCAGUUUGAAUACUUAGAACCUCUUCCGGACAUAGAAGUUCGGAAGUUAAACCCAAAAAGCAGUGGAUUCGGGCAUGAAAUUACUAAUGUUUUAGAACAACUUGAUAAUUUGCUAUAUGCAUAUGCUGAAUUAAGUGAGGCUGAUAAGUUUGAUGAAAGUUUAAGAUCAAGUUUAAAUGAAAGAAACCAAAACCAGGUAAAAAGAGAUGAAAUGAUUUCAUAAAUUCCGAAUAAUUUUAAUUUCUAAUUUGAUAGGACAAAGGAAUUAAUCAACAAAUAAAUAAACUGAACGACUCGCGUCAAAAGAGAAAAAAUAAGAAAAUAAAAAUUAUAAAGGAUAUGCGAAAACUUCACGAUUAUCUUUAUGAAAAAUAUAUAGAACAUCUCAUUUCUAUUCUGGAGCAUCGUCAAAUAGAAGUUGCAAAAAUAUGUAGAGAAGAUCAGCAUGGACAAGUUGGAGAAAGUCAAAAAAAGAUCAAAACGAAAUCAAAAAAGAACAAAAGUAGAAAUAGA